UUCUCUAACGGUCUCACAACGCAUACCAUACACUUCAGCUAUAGUCCUUUCCCUGAUUCUUCGUCAAUUCUAGUAUUCCUAAAAAAAACAACCACCAACCAUGGCCGAAGGACACCACCAUCACCACCACCACAACCAUCACCACAGCCACCACAAGAAGGAUGAUGCCAUCAUGGAGCCUGGGGUCGUCUUCACGGAGCCUACAGUCGAUUACAGGAAGGAGGAGAAGCACCACAAGCACCUCCAGCAGCUUGGCGAGGUUGGUGCCGUUGCUGCCGGUGCUUAUGCCUUGCAUGAGAAGCAUAAGGCCAAGAAGGACCCGGAGCACGCUCACCGGCACAAGAUAGAGGAGGAAAUAGCUGCCGCCGCUGCCGUUGGGGCUGUCGGGUUCGCCUUCCACGAGCACCACGAGAAAAAGGAGGCCAAGAAAAAAGAUAAAGAGUCUCAUCAUGGCAAGAAGCACCACCAUCACUUCUAAACCAUGGAGGAUCUCCGUCUCUUUUUGCUGCUAUCUGUCUUGUUUAUGUAAUUUUAUUUCCUUAGAGACUGCCUUCAAUAGUCGCUGUACAUUUGCGGAGGGUGGUUCUUGAAUCUUGAAUUCUGCUGCUUGUGAAUGCUUCCCUGAGAGGAUGAGCAUGGGUGUGUUUGGGCUUUGUCUUGUACAGGUCGUAUCUUGGGUGUUCUGAUGAUCUGAUUUCUUGCGUUUACAUGUCCACAUAUUGUUUUAGGUACAAUGAUUAUAUUGAAUAUUAUUUUCCAAAA